AUGGUGGUUUAUACUGAUCAUUCAGCUUUGCGGUACCUACUCAGUAAGUCGGAUGCAAAACCACGCUUGAUUAGAUGGGUCCUCUUACUUCAGGAGUUUGAUCUUGAAAUCAAGGACACGCGAAGGGCGGAGAAUCUUGCAGCAGAUCAUUUAUCCAGUUUGGAGAAUCCUAAUCUAAAAACUUUGAGAGAGAAAGACAUCAAUGAUUCAUUUUCUGAAGAGCACUUGUAUAAUAUUCAGGUCAUGGAAGAGUUCAAGCCACCUUGGUUUGCAGAUUUUGCCAACUACUUAGUUGGGACCAACUGGGGCCAUUACAAUGCAAAUCGAACUGCAAAGAAGAUUCUUGAUUCAGGUGAGAAAAGGAAGCUUCAAUUAAAUGAAUUGGAUGAAUGGCGCGCCACGGCAUACGAAAAUUAUAAACUUUACAAAGAAAGAGUGAAGGGGUACCACGACAAGCAUAUCAAGCACCGUAAAUAG